CCCAGCGAGGGGUCCCCUGCGUCCUGUCCUCUCCCCGGCCAUGGGUCGCCGGGCGCUCCUUCUGUUCCUGCCGCCCGUGCUGGCCGCGCUGGGUGGCCUCGAGGGCUCCGGGGCAGACGAAGCCCAGUGUAACCGGACGAGGCAAGCCGCGUGCGGGGACAGAUGCAUCCCCGUGGCCUGGCUCUGCAACGGAGAGCGAGAGUGCCCGGACGGGACUGACGAGCAGUGUGAGGAGGCGUGUCACGGGCAUCCCCGAGCCUGGCGGUGCGACGACGGCGGGUGCAUUUCUCUCAGCUGGCUCUGUGAUGGCGCUGGCGACUGCCUAGACGGCUCCGACGAGGUCGGCUGUGAGACAGUGACAGCAUGUCCAGACCACAAGGUCCAGUGUCCAGGAAGUCCUGAGUGCUGCGAUGGUUGGGAACUCUGUGAUGGCUGCGGGGACUGUGAGGACGGGCUGGACAAUGCCCGCUGCCCCCAGGACCACUGCCUGGCCGGGCAGUGGCGGUGCGAGAACAAGGUGUGUGUCAUGGAGAGCUCGAAGUGCGACGGCAUCGAUGACUGUGGUGACGCCUCCGACGAGGACCUCUGCGCUCCCUGUCCAGAAGGCACAGUCAGAUGUGACGGAGGAAAGUGCGUCCGGGAAUCCCUGAUGUGUGAUGGGGAAGCGGACUGCGCGGAUGGAACGGACGAGCCCGGCACCUGUGGUAAACACUGCUCUCUGGCCAAUGGGGGCUGUGAGGGGCCAUGCAGUGACACCCGCUGGGGGGUCCGGUGUUCGUGCGCGGCUGGGUGGCAGCUGCAGCCCGACGGUCGGAGCUGUGGAGAUGUAGAUGAGUGCUCUACGGCGUACAGUCCCUGUGACCAGCUGUGUCAUAAUACGCCAGGCUCUUACUCCUGCGGGUGUAUUCAAGGUUACCAGCUUUUCAACGGCACCAACUGUCGAGUUAUAGAUGGCGCUGUUAGAAUUCUGAUAGCAGCAGAUCGAGAGCUGGGUAUCCUGGAUCGGACAACAGGCACCUAUGAGACUCUAAUACCUAUAAAGUCAAGGCCUACUUCUGUUGCCUAUGACCUUGAGCGAAGCAUGUACUUUUGGGUAGAUGAAGUCUUAAAUGUGUUUGUCCCUGGAAAACCAAACUUUGUUCCUCUCUAUCCAGAACUUAAAACAGUGAACAGUGUCUCUUUGGACUGGUACACGGGUCAGUUGUACUGGGCUAGCAGCUUUGCAAGGGUCAUCUGUGCUGGUUUAAGCGACGGCAGAGGCUACGUCAGGAUCUUGGAAAAGGAUCUCGUGCCAGAGCAGCUAAUUGUGUUUCCUGCAAAGAAGUACUUGUACUGGGUCAAUCGCGGUCAGAGAGGCAUGAGGACCAUUGAAACUGCGGGGAUGGAUGGCUCCGAUAGGAAGGUGCUUGUGGUUGUGAACACGGAGGAGCCUGUAGGACUGACUCUUGACCACGUGACUGGCAGGCUGUACUGGAUCAGUAAACAUAAAGAGGUACAAUAGAGAGGUCUGGAGGCAAAGGUAAAUCCUUUUAGCUGGGGCUUGGAAUGACUGCGGGUAAGUACAAAUUCUCUUAAGUCUUGUGUCAGCUCUGUGAAGCAUCUUGUGGCCAUGAAAACUGGGAAGAGCAAGUUAUAAUUGACCAGCAUUUUUG